AUGGCAGCCAACGGGAGCGCUGAACGGCGUCGACGCAGCAUGGGCCUGUACCGGCGCGCGUCCAACAUGAGCGAAGCCGCCAGCUUCAUCGAGGACGUCGACAUGGCGCACGACGAGAUCUUCGCCGGGCCCGGCAUGUCGGAGAGCGUGCCCACGAGCGUCAGCGCCUUCUCGCACCGCCGCCGCGAGCGCGCCGACAGCACCGCCAGCCUGACGUCGUUUGCCUACUACGACGAGCAGCAGGACAGCGACCACGAUGAGGACCCAGCGCUCUACUACGACGAGGACGCCGUGGACGACGAGGACGCCGUGGACGACGAGGACGCCGUGGACGACGAGGCCAUGAUGGACGCCGACGUCGAGUACGACGUGGACAGCCACACUGACCGCCACCGCCACCGCGACCUCGAGUCCGGCCCCAGCCCCUCGCCCAGCCCCUCGCGCAGAAAGUCGAGCGGCAGCAGGAGCCGGCGCAGCGUCGACCGCCCGCUGCUGAGGCGGCACUCGAGCGCGUCCAGCGCACGCUCGGCCAGCUGGAGGGGCCGCCGCUCCAGCCAGAAGCUCUACAUCCUCACCGAGGACCUGACCAUCGUCGUCGCCGGCUUCCGCACCUCGACGCUUGGCUUCGGCGUCUACGCGCUGCUCUGCACCGCCACCCUCGGCCUCGCCUGGCUGCUGUUCCGCUGGCUGCCGCGCUGGCAGGUCGCCCUCACCGGCACCACCACCCCGCUCAAGCACGCCGCCUGGGUCGUCAUCGAGAACCAGUGGGGCGAGUUCGCCGUCCAGGACGUCACCCACCAGCCCUACGGCCGCUCCCUCACCACCGUCUUCGGCGAGUCGGACAAGAAGCGCCGCGGCGACUGGGACGAGGACGAGGACCCGCUCAUCCCCGACCUGCGCUGCCUCGACUACCGCUACAUCCGCUUCGUCUACCACCCCAUCAAGGACAAGUUCGUCCUCGCCAACACGUGGAAGGACCCCGCCUGGACCCACGUCGCCGCCCUGCGCGACGGGCUCGACAACGAAGAGCGCGACUACCGCGAGCUCGUCUUCGGCAAGAACCAGAUCGACAUUGCCGAGAAGUCGCUCGGCCAGCUGCUCGUCGACGAGGUCUUCCACCCCUUCUACGUCUUCCAGAUCGCCAGUCUGUUGCUGUGGUCCGUCGACGAGUACUACUACUACGCCGCCGCCAUCUUCCUCAUCUCCGUCAUCAGCAUCGCCACCACCCUGAUGGAGACCAAGGCCACCAUGAAGCGCCUGCGCGACGUCUCCAAGUUCGAGUGCGAGAUCCGCGUCCUGCGCAACGGCUUCUGGACCCACGUCGACUCCGCCGAGCUGGUCCCGGGCGACGUGUACGAGGUCACCGACCCAGCCCUGGCCCAGUUCCCCUGCGACAGCCUGCUGCUUUCCGGCGACUGCAUCGUCAACGAGAGCAUGCUGACCGGCGAGUCCAUCCCCGUCUCCAAGAUCCCCGUCACCAACCAGUCGCUGGACCUGCUCGAUCUCAGCGCCUCCGCCCUCCACCCCGAACUCGCCCGGCACAUGCUCUUCUCCGGCACCAAGAUCAUCCGCGCGCGCCGUCCGCACGAAGACCACGUCGACGACGAAGCCGCCGCCCUGGCCAUGGUCGUCCGCACCGGCUUCAACACGACCAAGGGCGCUCUGGUGCGCUCCAUGCUGUUCCCCAAGCCGUCCGGCUUCAAGUUCUACCGCGACUCGUUCCGCUACAUCUCCGUCAUGGCCUUCAUCGCCAUGAUUGGCUUCGUUGCCUCCUUCAUCAACUUCGUCCACCUCGGCCUCGCGUGGCAUCUCAUCGUCGUCCGCGCCCUCGACUUGAUUACGAUUGUCGUCCCCCCCGCACUGCCUGCCACCCUCACCAUCGGCACGUCUUUCGCCCUGUCGCGCCUCAAGCAGAAGCACAUCUUCUGCAUCAGCCCGCAGCGCGUCAACGUCGGCGGCAAGCUGGAUGUGGUCUGCUUCGACAAGACCGGCACCCUCACCGAAGAGGGUCUCGACGUUCUGGGCGUUCGUGUCGUCGAGCGUCCGAGGAACCGGUUCAGUGAGAUCUUGGCUGACCCCUACGACAUCCUGCCCGCAUCCCACCACGACCGCGACCCGACUGUGGAGUACGUCGCUCACAAGACCAUCCUCUACACCAUGGCCACGUGCCACUCGCUGCGCAAGAUUGAUGAUGAGCUUGUUGGUGACCCCCUGGACGUCAAGAUGUUCGACUUUACCGGCUGGAGCUACGAAGAGGGCGAGGGAUCAGGCAACAGCGACGACGACCCAGAACAGAAGCUCUCGCCCUCGGUCGCCAGGCCGCCUCCCGGACGCGAGUACGACCUCGACGACGCCGAAGACAACCGCAAAGCUGUCGAGCUUGGCGUCUUGAAGUCGUUCGAGUUCGUCUCGCAGCUCCGCCGAGCCAGUGUCAUUGUCCGCCGCUUCGGCUCCAAGAGCGGAGACAUCUACGUCAAAGGCGCACCUGAAGUCAUGAAGGAGAUCUGUCGCCCAGAAAGCUUCCCAACCGACUACGAGGAGCUCCUGGCCUUCUACACGCACCGCGGCUUCCGUGUCAUUGCCUGCGCAACCAAAUCCAUCCCCAAGCUCAACUGGCUCAAGGUGCAGAAGAUGAAGCGCGAAGAAGCCGAGAGCAACCUUGACUUUAUUGGUUUCAUCGUCUUCGAGAACAAGUUGAAGGACAGCACCGCCCCCGUCAUCGAGGAGCUCGCGCGCGCCAACAUCCGCAAAGUUAUGUGCACUGGCGACAACAUCCUCACCGCCAUCAGCGUAGCCCGCGAGUGCGGUCUCAUCAACAAAACAGCGCACUGCUUCGUCCCGCAUUUCGCAGAGGGAGAUAGCCGGAACCCGCUCUCCAAACUUUCCUGGGAGUCCGUCGAUGACCCGGUUUUCAAGCUGGACGAGAACACCCUCAAGCCGCUCCCGCCCCCGCCCGAGGCAGAUGUCUCACUCCCCUACGACAUCAGCAACCUGCGCAACUACUCACUUGCCGUCUCUGGCGAUGUGUUCCGCUGGGUCAUCGACUUUGCGUCUGAAUCGGUGCUGCGCGAGAUGCUUGUGGCAGGGCAGGUCUUCGCACGUAUGUCGCCAGAUGAAAAACACGAACUUGUGGAGAAGCUGCAGAGCAUAGACUACUGUGUAGGCUUCUGCGGUGAUGGCGCAAACGACUGCGGCGCGUUGAAGGCGGCAGAUGUCGGCAUCAGCUUGUCCGAAGCAGAAGCCAGCGUCGCCGCGCCCUUUACCUCUCGCCAGUUCGACAUCUCGUGCGUCCCGCAGGUUAUCAAAGAAGGCCGCGCCGCGCUCGUCACGUCGUUCUCGUGCUUCAAGUACAUGAGUCUGUACAGCGCGAUCCAGUUCUGCUCCGUCUCGUUCCUGUACGCCUCGGCCAGCAACCUCGGAGACUUCCAGUUUCUGUUCAUCGACCUGCUGCUCAUCCUGCCCAUCGCCAUCUUCAUGGGCUGGAGCGCCGCGCACCCGAUCCUCUCCCGGAAGCGCCCGACCGCCAACCUCGUCAGCCGCAAAGUCCUCACCCCGCUGCUGGGCCAGAUGGUGCUCUGCAUCCUGACGCAGUUCCUCGCCUUCCACUUUGUGCAGCAGCAGCCCUGGUACCAGCCGCCCGUCCUCGACCCGGAGCACUCGAACAGCCUGAACAGCCAGAACACGGCCCUCUUCCUCGUCUCGUGCUUCCAAUACAUUCUCUCCGCCGUCGUCCUCAGCGUCGGCCGCCCGUACCGCGAACCCAUGUCGCGCAACCUGCCCUUCAUCAGCACCAUCUUCCUCACCCUCGCCCUGUCCGUCUACAUGCUCUUCGACCCGGCCGACUGGGUCAUGCGCUGGAUGGAGCUCACCGACAUGGACGUUGCCUUCAAGGUGUUCCUGCUCGCCCUUGGCCUGGGCAACUUUGCCGUCGCCUAUCUCACCGAGCACUUGCUCCUCCCCGGCCUCGCCAAGUGGAUCGGCGUCGCCAAGGUCCGCAUCGGCGGCGAGCGCUGGAAGAAGAAGAGGAAGGAGUACAAGGUGAUUCAGGCUGCCUUGAUGAUCUAA